AUGACUACUACUAGGUUAAAUUGCGAGAUAGAUGAAUCUUUUGAUAAACUUAACAAUGAUAGUGAGAAAAAUCCAAUUGUUAGUUCUAGCUAUUCUUACCAAGAACCUGAAAAUAACAAAAAUAGUGAUAGCAGACAAAGUGAACAAAGUAAUCAAGAAAUUAAUGAAAUGGACUCUAAAGAACCUCAGAACAAUAAUGCAAAAGAUCCAAUCUGA